UCCUCAUUCUUUAACACAUAAACCCUAGUCCCCUCUCUCUCUUUCGUUUUCUUUCGCAAUCCCCAUUUCCCUUCACCAAUGGCCGCCGCAGUAGCUGCUGUGCGCCCCCUUGUCACUGUCCAAUCCCUCGAAGGUGACAUGGCCACGGAUACCAUCACCACCGUCGCUUUGCCCGAUGUCAUGAAAGCCUCCAUCAGACCCGACAUCGUCAACUUCGUCCACGCCCAGAUCUCCAACAACAAGCGCCAGCCCUACGCCGUGUCCAAGAAGGCUGGACACCAGACCUCAGCCGAGUCCUGGGGUACCGGACGCGCCGUGUCCCGUAUCCCCCGUGUCCCCGGCGGUGGUACUCACCGUGCCGGUCAGGGAGCCUUCGGAAACAUGUGCCGUGGUGGUCGCAUGUUCGCUCCUACCAAGAUCUGGCGCCGAUGGCAUAGGAGAGUCAACGUGAACCAGAAGCGAUACGCCAUCGUUUCGGCCAUUGCUGCUUCUGCGAUCCCAUCUCUUGUUCAAGCUCGCGGUCACAGAAUCGAGUCUGUUCCAGAGUUCCCACUGGUUAUCAGUGACUCAGCUGAGAGCUUGGAGAAGACCUCUGCUGCUCUCAAGGCUUUGAAGCAGAUCGGAGCUGCCCCCGACGCCGAUAAGGCGAAGGAGAGCCAUUCGAUCCGUCCUGGGAAAGGUAAGAUGAGGAACCGCCGCUACAUUAACAGGAAGGGUCCUCUUCUUGUGUAUGGUUCCGAAGGCGCGAAGCUCGUGAAGGCUUUCAGGAACAUUCCCGGGAUUGAUAUUGUGAAUGUAGAGAGGUUGAAUCUGCUGAAGCUGGCUCCUGGUGGUCACCUUGGGAGGUUUGUGAUUUGGACCAAGUCGGCUUUCGAGAAGCUCGAUUCGAUCUAUGGGUCGUUCGAUAAGGCCUCUGAGAAGAAGAAGGGGUAUGUUCUACCUAGGUCCAAGAUGUUGAAUGCUGAUUUGGCUAGGAUUAUCAACUCUGAUGAGGUGCAGAGCGUUGUGAAGCCAAUCAAGAAGGAAGUGAAGAAGGCUCCAUUGAAGAAGAACCCACUCAAGAACCUGAAUGCGAUGUUGAAGCUCAACCCAUAUGCUAAGACCGCGAGGAGAAUGUCGCUAUUGGCUGAGGCUGAUCGUGUUAAGGCCAAGAAGGAGAAGCUCGAGAAGAAGCGGUCGCCAAUCACUAAGGAGGAGGCUUCUGCCAUCAAGACUGCCGGAAAAGCUUGGUACCAGACUAUGAUCUCCGAUAGUGAUUACACAGAGUUUGAGGUUUUCACCAAGUGGCUUGGAGUUUCCCAGUGAUUUACUAUUCUGUUUUUGAAUAUCCUGUAGACCUCAAUUUAUUUGGUGUUUGUUUAUCUAGAGUUUUUAUAAUUUUUUUACAGUUUUGAGACAUGAUAGUUACUAGGUGGGAGGAAAUGGGUGGAAUAAGAUAUUACCUAAAUAUGUUUUUUUACCUCCCACUUAUUGCUAUCCAUUUCUGCCAAGGACGAAGAGCUUUUGUUUUUGCAACUGAAAUUAAAUAUUUUAGGUUUUGCUUGCAAUAGACCUAACUAAUUUUGCGCUAUGCAAUACUAGUAUAUUUUGUUUUAUGAUU